AAGUCUUCCGGUUCCUCUUGCAGGUCAGCUGACUGUGACGCUGCUGUCAGGAGACCUCACGAACUUGGCAACUAUGACAUUUACCAAGGCUUAAAAACACCACGGACAGCAGUAUUUUAACCGGUGACCGCUACAUUUUAAUACACAUAUUUUUUUUGGCCGUGUCCAUUUUGUAACCAUGUCUGAGUUUUGGUUGAUUUCUGCACCUGGAGAGAAGACCUGCCAGCAAACAUGGGACAAAAUGAUGGCAGCCACCACACGCACCAACAACCUCUCCACUAACCACAAGUUCAACAUACCAGACCUCAAAGUUGGAACACUGGAUGUCUUGGUUGGACUCUCAGAUGAACUGGCCAAAUUAGACUCCUUUGUUGAGAGUGUGGUGAGGAAGGUUGCUCAGUACAUGGCCGACGUGCUGGAGGACAGUCGAGACAAAGUACAGGAGAACCUGUUGGCCAAUGGAGUUGAUCUCGUCACCUACAUCACAAGAUUUCAGUGGGACAUGGCGAAAUAUCCCAUCAAGCAGUCACUUAAGAAUAUCUCUGAAAUCAUCUCAAAGCAAGUAAGCCAGAUUGACAACGAUCUGAAGACAAGAGCAUCUGCUUAUAACAACCUGAAGGGAAACCUGCAGAACUUGGAGAGGAAGAAUGCGGGGAGCCUGCUGACCAGGAGCCUGGCCGACAUAGUGAAAAAGGAGGACUUUGUGCUGGACUCGGAGUACCUCAUCACUCUGCUGGCAGUUGUUCCAAAGACGGGCUACACUGACUGGCAGAAAACAUACGAAUCCCUUGCUGAGAUGGUGGUGCCUCGAUCCUCACAUCUGCUAUUUGAAGACAAUGACAGCGGCCUUUUUAGCGUCACUCUGUUUAGGAAAGCUAUUGAUGACUUCAAACACAAAGCCAGAGAGAACAAGUUUACAGUGAGAGAUUUCCAGUACAAUGAAGAGGAGUUGAAGGCAGACAAAGAGGAGAUAACACGGCUCUGCACAGAUAAGAAGAAGCAGUUUGGGCCGCUUGUUCGAUGGCUGAAAGUUAACUUCAGUGAAGCCUUCAUCGCCUGGAUCCACAUUAAGGCCCUGAGAGUCUUUGUGGAGUCGGUUUUAAGAUACGGGCUGCCGGUGAACUUUCAGGCAAUGCUGCUGCAGCCAAGCAAGAAGACCAUGAAGAAGCUGAGAGAAGUGCUCAAUGAUCUGUACAAGCAUCUGGACAGCAGUGCAGCAGCCAUCAUUGAUUCUGCGAUGGACAUCCCAGGCUUGAACCUAAGCCAGCAGGAGUAUUAUCCUUAUGUGUACUACAAGAUCGACUGCAACCUGCUGGACUUCAAAGUCUAAAACGUUCCCCCUUCCCCUCUCUCCCUCUCCUCACACUGCCCUCUGCUGUCUGCCUCCUCCUCACUGUCUCUUGUUGCUUGAACGACAAUUGCUGCAUGUUCAUUCCUCAUGGUGACGACACUUCUACCACAAUCAAGGGACAAAAAAAAAAGAGAAAACUUUUAAAAAAUAUUGUAUUUGUUUACAACUUAUUUUUCUUUACAAGCCACACAAUUAUUUGUGUAUUUAUGUGAAUAUUGCUUUAAAAAGAAAUCAUACAGGAGAAUUGUAUAUUUACUGUGUCAUUCCACGUGUUCUGUGUGUUGUUGGCGGUGACGUGUUCAAAACUUUGUGUUUGUUUUAUCACUGUACCUGUGGCAAAAAAGUCUGUGUGUUUCUGAUAUUGUGGGCUAUCACUGCAGAUAUUGUGACACAACAAUGUUUUACCUGUGCGUGCGUGUGUGUGUGUGUUGUUGUCAUGUUGUGUAUAUUUGCUGUUAAAAAUGAGAUCUAUAUCUGAGAAUUGUGAAAGACAUUGAUUGAAUAAAAAUGAUAGAUGAAUAUA